UAUAAAGCAUUAUAAUUAAACCUCUCUUGAGUACAUGAAAAUCACUACUACAAAAUAUAGAUUUAACAUCAAGGGGGUUUUAGUUUUCACAUCAGCACGGAAAAUAACUGAAGGGAAAGAUACACACUAUGAGUUUUUACAUCAGUUGACAUAAGCACAUGAGGGGAAUUCCUUGUAGCAUAUAACAUUUACAUCAGUGGAUUAUUGAAAUGAGGGGAAAGACACGCGGUGGCAUUUUUGCAAUUUGAGUGAAAACUUUGGCUAAUUUAUUACUACAUCAGUGGGUGACAAGUGCCUGAGGUAAAAACAAAUGUUCACCCCUAAAACGUAUCGUCCAACGUCCAACUCUCUGUUCUUUCACUCUCAAACAGAAACACACCGUCCAACUCUUUCACUCUCAAAGAAUCCGUCGAACUCAAUCCCACUCUCAAAGAAUCCGGUCAAACUCUCAAACUCUCUGUUUUCCUCCAGAGCACUCUGAUCUUUACAACUGAAUUGUUGGAUUCAUAACUCUAAUUGCUAGCUGUGCGUUAUUAUGGAUCGUAGUUGGAUGAAAGCUAAUCGAUUAAGUGAAGAGUUUGAUAAUGGAGUGAUAGAAUUUCUACAGUUUUGGGAUGUGAUCCAUCCAGCACAUUUCUUUAUAUUGAAUAACACUGAUGAAGUUCAACCUUACUUAUCUACUCACAAAAAUAUUGUAAAGAGAAAUUACCCCAAGAUGAAUGAGAAAGGGUUGUUAAGAGAGCAUAAUAAGAGUUUUUCCGAUUGGUUUACAGAAAGAUUUGCUAAUGAUGAAAGUGCCUCUGAUACAAUUAAAUGGUUGGCACGUACGCCUAAGUUUAACAUUAUAACUUGGAGUGCAUAUGAUAUUAAUAAAACUACAUUUUAUACAAAAGCAAAGGAUGAUAAAAGUACCAUGCAAAAUAGUGGGGUUAUGGUUGUGGCUGAGUCGAUGCACUUCUCUAGUUCGAAAGAUAAAAACCCUAUAAUGGCAUCUACACCAUACUAUGGGGUAAUUGAAGAGAUUUGGGAGCUUGAUUAUACUACAUUUACAGUGCCUAUAUUUAAAUGCAAAUGGAUUGAUAUUAACAAUGGUGUAAGAAUUGAUGAAUUAGGAUAUACACUAGUCGAUCUUUCCAAGGCAGCUUAUAGGGACGAACCCUUCAUUAUGGCAUCCCAAGCAAAACAAGUGUUUUAUGUCACGGAUCCUUCUAACAAAAGGUGGUCAGUGGUUCUACAAACAAAAAAUACUCAUGGUAGUGAUGAAACUCUUGAUAUCCCUGAGAUUCCUUCUUGCUCAACAAAUGUUACUACAUCUAUUGAUGAGAACGAAGUAGACGAUGUGCACGCUACUCGUUCGGAUCAUGAAGAAGGGAUAUGGGAGGACUAAUAAGGUUUUAAUUUUUAUUAAUAGUCACAUUUGUAAUAUGAGAUGUUUUAAAAUCUGUGUAUGUGUACAUGUAAAUUAUAUUUGGUAAAUGAAUUCAAUGAAUUGAGUUAA